AUGCCGUUAUUCUUAGUCCUAAAGGCUACGCUGUCAGAAAACGUGAUCAAGGUAUCAAUUGAGAAUACAAACGAAUCGAGGGCGGAAUUUGCCUUCGAUCUACAAUGUACCAGUUGCAGGGAAUUGCACGAUUCUAAAGUUAUGAUUAAUACAUUCGAAGAACAUGCUAUGCCAGCUUCAAAAGGAAGCGCCUCUUUCUUGAUGAAAUGUAAAUUUUGUUCAAAAGAGUUGUCAGUUAGCCUGUCCACUUUUGAGAAUGAAUUUUUAACUGACCAGAGUGACGACAAAUGGGCCAAGAUAAAAGAUGUGCGGAAAAAGCAUGGUUUAUCGAAGGUCAAAGAAGAUUCGUUUAUUCCACUAAGUCUUGAUUGUAGAGGUUGCGAAUUAGUCAAGUUUUAUCCAGACAACAUAACGUUCGAAACUUCUCUAAGUUCAGGAAAAGUAAUGGCAUGUCAAUUAGAGGAUAAUGAAUGGUAUGAUUAUGAUGACGACUCUGGGGAAGAAGUAACGAUGACUGAAUUCUCAUCAAGCAUCAUUAAAGGUAAGUGA